CAGGCUAGCAGAAAGCAGAAGUUACUCACUUGAACAGCCAGAGCAGGUAACAGCAGCGGGAGGGAAAGGAUUUGAGAGAUCCCUGCAGGGAAAUCCUGGAAUCUCACAACUGUUCUCAGAAUGGACUUUGUCGAGAAUAUUCUCCCACGUGUUUCCCAGGUGCUACAAGGGGCUUUGGGUUACAUAAGCUCAUGGACUUCAUAUUAUCUCUUCAGUGGACCCAAACCAGAGACGACAGAAGUCACUGAUGACGACCACAGUCCACCAGAAGAAGAUGACCUUCAAGGACAGCAUCUGAGUGGCUGUACAGUCAGAGAUGGAGCACCAGAACAUGCCAGCAAGGAUUCCUCUGAUGACAUUACGAUUGGAGAAGAUGUUUUGGAGGAGCUCAGUCUGACCCUCUUAGAGACACAAGGAACAAAGACUGCAUUGGAGUCCUUUGAUUACAGUUCCACAGAUGGCAGAAUCCAAAUACGUAAGCAUAAUGUCUCUUGGAAGCGUGCAGUUCCACCACCAGCCUCCGGAGAUUAUGAGUGCGCAUCUGUUUCCAAAGCAGGAGAACUGCUAUCAGCAAAACUACAGAAUGAAAACACAGCAUCCCAAGUCACAGUGGACAAUAUUUCUUCAGCAGUACCUCAUGGUGACAAUGUUACAGCACUGGUUUCAGUGGAGCAGACUUCAGUGAAAUCCCAAAAUGAAGCAGAUAUAUGUGAUCCUGCAGUGGAUGAGGGUCUUUCUGUGGUGCCUCAUGACAAGGGGAUUCUCCCCAUAGUUAGCAAGACUCCAUCAGUGAGAUCAUAUGAUGAGGAAACCACAUCAGAUCCUUCACGGGAUGAAACUUCAUCAGGGAUUUCUCAUGAUGAGGAGGGUGCAUCAGUUCCUUCACAGGAUGAAACUCCACAAGUGAGAUCUUAUGAUGAGGAGACUGUACUAGUUCCUUCAAAGGAUGAAUCUCUACCGGUGAGGUCCUAUGAUGAGGAUAUCAAAUCAUCUCCUUCAGAGAAUGAAACUCCAAAAGUAAGGACCCAUGAUGAUGAUGAGGAGGUUGCAUCAGUUCCUUCAAAGGAAGAAACUCAACCAGUGAGGUCCCAUGAUGAGGAGACUACAUCAGUUCCUUCACAUGAUGAAGGUCCAUCAGUGAGGUCCCAUGAUGAGGAGACUGCAUCAGUUCCUACAAAACAUGAAACCUCAUCAUUGAGUUCCCAAGAUGAGGACAGUGUAUCAGUUUCUUCACUGUAUGAAAAUCCACCAGUGAGUUCCCAUGAUAAGAUGACUAUAUUAUUUCCUACACAGAAUAAACUUCCACCGCUAGGGUCCCAUAAGGAGGAGACAGUGUUGGUUUAUUCAGAGGAUGAAAGGCCACCUGUGAAGUCCCAGUGUGAGGAUGCUCUAUCAGUUCCUUCACAGGAUGAAACUUCAUUACUACAGUGUAAGGAGGAAGAAACUGGUUUAGUUUGUAUGAUGGUUGAGACUCCAGUAUUGACAUUUCGAGAUAAGGAGAGCAUAUGCAUUCCUGCACUGAAUGAGGCUCCAUUACCAAUAUCCUUUGAAGAAAAUGAGUGCAUUCCUGCACUGCAUGAGACUUCCCCACUAAAAUCCAGUGCUGAGGACAGUGUGCUCAGUCCUGUACUUGAUGAAACUACACCAGUGAUACACCAGAAUGAGGACAGUGUAGCUGUUUCUGCACUGGAUCAGACUUCAUUACUGAAGCUCCAAAAUGAGGACAGUGUAUAUGUUCCUAUUCCAGAUGGGACUUUAGUAGUGAGGACUCAGGGUGAGGAGACAGUAUCCAUUCCUACACUGCAAGGAAUUCCUAUUAUGAAAUCAAACAGUCAGGAAGGCAUGGUCAUUCCUCAACUUGAUUUGUCUGAAUCAGUGAUCUCUCCUGGUAAGGACAGUAUAUCUCUUCAUACACUGGAUGAGACUCCAUCACUGACAUCCCAUGAUGACCAGGAGAAUAUAUGCAUUCCUGAAGUGGAUAAGACUCCACCAGAUAGGUUACAUGAUGUGGAGGCUGUAUCUGCUUUUAGUCUGGACGAGGCUCCCUUAAUGAGGUCCUCAGAAGAGGAGGAGAAGAUUGGAUGCAUUGCUAUACAAGAUGCAACACUGCCAGUGAGUUCUCACGAUAAGGAGAAUGGAUCCCUUUCUGCACUUGAUGAGGUUUCAUCAUCUGUGACCCACUCUGAUAGCAUAUCUGUUUUGGCACAGAAUGAGACUCCUUCAUUAAAGUCACAUGAAGAGGAGAUUGUGUCCAUUAUUGCACUAGAUGAGGCUGGAACAAUCAGGACACACAAUGAAGAGAGUGCAUUCACUCUUACAAUCGAUGAGAUUACACAAGUGACAUCAAAAAAUGAGGAUAUUGCAUAUGUUUCUAUAAUGGGUGAGACUUCACCAGUGAGAUCCCAUGGAGAGGAGACUAUACAGGUUUUCAAAACAGAAGAGACUUUACCACUGAUGCUACAAGAUACAAGUGUAUCUGUUCCUGCAACUCAUGAGAUCACUGCAUUAAUUUCUUCUUCUUCUGCAGAUGAGGCUAUACCUGAUGGACCUUAUGCUGAAGACAGCACAGAUAUUCAUGCACUAAAUGAAAGUCUACUAGUAGAAGCCCAUGCUGAAGAGACUUCAUUAGUUCUCGCACUAGUUGAAACUCCACCGACAAUAUCCCAUGAUGAGGAAAUUCUAUCAACCUCUGUGACGGAUGAGACUCCAAAAGUAAGUUCUUACAAAAAGGAGACUGUAUCUAUUUCUACACUGUAUAAAUCUUCACCUCUGAGGGCACAUGAUGAAGAACCUCUACCCAUUGCUGUAAUGGAUGAGUCUCCAACAAUAAGGUUCCAUGCUGAGAAUGAAUUGUUUACUCCAAAACUGGAUGAGACUCUAUCAGUAAUAUCCUUCUGUGAGAAGGUGUUACCUGCUUCUAUGCUAGAGGACGUAACUGCAGUGAAGUCUAAUGUUGAAGAAGAUGCAGCUGUUUUUGCUGUAGGAGAUACUUCCCCUUUGAGGACACAUGAUGAAGAACAAGUAUGCAUUUUGUCACUGGAUGAAAGUGUAGCCAUUCCAGCAGUUAAUGAAAUGACCAUAUUAACAUCCCAAGAUAAAGACACUGUAUCGGUUUCUAUACUAGAUGAGGUUGCAUCAGGGAAAUCUGACAAUGAGGAAAGUACUUCUGUUAAUACACCAGAUGAAUCUCUGACAGUGAAGUCAUACAAAGAGGUGACUGUGUGCGUUCCUACAGUUGAUGAAACUGUACAAGUGACAUUGCACAAUGAUGAGCAUGUACGUGAUUCCCUAACUGAUGAAACUACACAGGUAACAGCCCAUGAUGAGCAGAGCGUAUCUGUUCCAACACUGGAUAAAUACCUACCACCAACAUCCUUUAUUAAGGAGAGACUAUCUGGUCCAACAGUGGAUGAUAUUCCAUCAGUGAAAUCCCAAGAUGAGGACAGUCUAUCUAUUCUCAUAAUGGAUGAAUCUUUACCUAUGAGGUCUUCUGAUUUGGAGACAGUAUCUGUUUCUGCACAUGAGGAAACUACACCACACAAUGAAGACAGCAUGUUUGUUCCAAGACUGAGCAGAUCUUCAACAGUAAGGUCCUAUCAAGAGGAUGUAUCUGUUACCCUAGUGGCUGAAUGUCCUUCAGUGAUGUCCAACAGUGAGGACAGUGCAUUUCUUCUUUUAAUGGAUGGCAGUCUACCACUGAGUGUGUCUACUCCUACAUCAGAAGAGACUUCACCACUGAGGGCCCAUGAGGAGGGGACCAUAUCUGUUCCUGGACUGGUUGAAUCUCCACCAGCAAUGUUUCAAAAUGAAGACAGCAUAUCUGUUCACAUACAGGAUGAAACUUCACCAGUCCAGUCCCAUGAUGAAGAGACUAAAGCUAUUUCUGUAUCUGGCCAAUCUUCUCUACUGAGGUCCAGUGGUGAAAAGACUGUAUCUGCUCCUGCAAUGGAUGAAUGUCCAGUAAAAACAUCUCACAAUGAAGACAUACAGGAUGAAAUGCCACCACUGAGGUCCCAUGAUGAACAGAGUGAAGACUUUCCUUUACUGGGUGAAUCUCCAACAUUAGUGGCUCAAGACAAAGAUGGUAUAUCUGUUCACAUACAGGAUGAAACUCUACUGCUGAGUUCCCAUAAUAUGGGAACUAUGUCUGUUUCUGUACUGGAUGAAUCUCUACCAAACAUUUGUCAGGAUGAAGAAAGCAUCUCUUUUCAGAUACUGGAUGAAUCUCUACCACUUAAAUCUCUUGAUGAGCAGCAUGAAGUUGUUCCUGCAUUAGAUGAAUCACCACCACUGAGGUCCCAUGAUGAGGAGUCUGUAUCUGUUUCUGUACUGGAUGAGUCUCUAUCAAAAAUGUGUCAAGCUGAAGAGACUAUAUCUGUUCACAUACAGAAUGAAACUCCACCACUGAGGUCCCACGAUAUGGAGCCAGAAUCUGUUCUUGCAUUAGAUGAAACUCCAUCACUGAGGUCUCAUGAUGAGGAGAUUGUAUCUAUUGUCACAGUAGAAGAGACUCUACCAGUAAAGUCCCAUGAUGUGGAGACAGAAGGUGUUCUUGCAUUAGAUGAAGCUCCAUCACUGAGGUCUCAUGAUGAGGAGAUUGCAUUUAUCAUCACAGAAGAGACUCUACCAGUAAAGUCCCAUGAUGAGGAUAUUGUUUCUGUUGCCUUAGCAGAACAAACUCCACCAAUGAGGUUCCACGAUGUGGAGACAGAAUCUGCUCCUGCAUUAGAUGAAACUCCAUUACUGAGGUCUCAUGAUGAGGAGAUUGCAUCGAUUGUCACAGUAGAAGAUACUCUACCAGCUAGGUCCCAUUAUGUGGAGACAGACGGUGUUCUUGCAUUAGAUGAAGCUCCAUCACUGAGGUCUCAUGAUGAGGAGAUUGUAUCUAUUGUCACAGUAGAAGAGACUCUACCAGUAAGGUCCCAUGAUAUGGAGACAGAAGGUGUUCUUGCAUUAGAUGAAGCUCCAUCCCUGAGGUCUCAUGAUGAGGAGAUUGCAUCUAUUAUCAUAGUAGAAGAGACUAUACCAGUAAGAUCCCAUGAUGAGGAUAUUGUUUCUGUUGCCUCAGUAGAACAGACUCCACCAAUGAGGUCCCAAGAUGUGGAGACAGAAGGUGUUAUUGCAUUAGAUGAAGCUCUAUCACUGAGUUCUCAUGAUGAGGAGAUUGCAUCUAUCAUCACAGUAGAAGAGACUCUACCAGUAAAGUCCCAUGAUGAGGAUAUUGUUUCUGUUGCCUUAGCAAAACAGACUCCACCAAUGAGGUUCCAUGAUGUGGAGACAGAAUCUGCUCCUGCAUUAGAUGAAACUCCAUCACUGAUGUCUUAUGAUGAGGAGAUUGCAUCUAUUGUCACAGUGAAAGAGACUCUACCAGUAAGGUCCCAUUAUGUGGAGACAGAAGCUGUUCCUGCAUUAGAUGAAACUCCAUCACUGAGGUCUCAUGAUGAGGAAAUCAUAUCUGUUGUUACAGUAGAAGAGACAUUACCAGUAAGGUCCCAUGAUGAGAAUAUUGUUUCUGUUGCCUCAGUAGAACAGACUCUACCAAUGAGGUCCUAUGAUGUGGAGACAGAAGGUGUUCUUGCAUUAGAUGAAGCUCCAUCACUGAGGUCUCAUGAUGAGGGGAUUGCAUCUAUUAUCACAGUAGAAGAGACUAUACCAGUAAGGUCCCAUGAUGAGGAUACUGUUUCUGUUGCCUCAGUAGAACAGACUCCACCAAUGAGGUCCCAAGAUGUGGAGACAGAAGGUGUUAUUGCAUUAGAUGAAGUUCCAUCACUGAGGUCUCAUGAUGAGGAGAUUGCAUCUAUCGUCAUAGUAGAAGAGAUUCUACCAGUAAAGUCAUAUGAUGAGGAUAUUGUUUCUGUUGGCUUAGCAAAACAGACUCCACCAAUGAGGUUCCACGAUGUGGAGACAGAAUCUGCUCCUGCAUUAGAUGAAACUCCAUCACUGAUGUCUCAUGAUGAGGAGAUUGCAUCUAUUGUCACAGUAGAAGAGACUCUACCAAUAAAGUCCCAUGAUGUGGAGACAGAAGCUGUUCCUGCAUUAGAUGAAACUCCAUCACAGAGGUCACAUGAUGAGGAAAUCAUAUCUGUUGUUACAGUAGAAGAGACACUACCAGUAAGGUCCCAUGAUGAGGAUACUAUUUCUGUUGCCUCAGUUGAAGAGACUCCAACAAUGAGGUCCCAUGAUGUGGAGAAAGAAGGUGUUCUUGCAUUAGAUGAAGCUCUGUCACUGAGGUCUCAUGAUGAGGAGAUUGUAUCUAUUGUCACAGUAGAAGAGACUCUACCAGUAAGGUCCCAUGAUAUGGAGACAGAAGGUGUUCUUGCAUUAGAUGAAGCUCCAUCACUGAGGUCUCAUGAUGAGGAGAUUGCAUCUAUUAUCAUAGUAGAAGAGACUAUACCAGUAAGGUCCCAUGAUGAGGAUAUUGUUUCUGUUGCCUCAGUAGAACAGACUCCACCAAUGAGGUCCCAAGAUGUGGAGACAGAAGGUGUUAUUGCAUUAGAUGAAGUUCCAUCACUGAGGUCUCAUGAUGAGGAGAUUGCAUCUAUCGUCAUAGUAGAAGAGAUUCUACCAGUAAAGUCAUAUGAUGAGGAUAUUGUUUCUGUUGGCUUAGCAAAACAGACUCCACCAAUGAGGUUCCACGAUGUGGAGACAGAAUCUGCUCCUGCAUUAGAUGAAACUCCAUCACUGAUGUCUCACGAUGAGGAGAUUGCAUCUAUUGUCACAGUAGAAGAGACUCUACCAAUAAAGUCCCAUGAUGUGGAGACAGAAGCUGUUCCUGCAUUAGAUGAAACUCCAUCACAGAGGUCUCAUGAUGAGGAAAUCAUAUCUGUUGUUACUGUAGAAGAGACACUACCAGUAAGGUCCCAUGAUGAGGAUACUAUUUCUGUUGCCUCAGUAGAAGAGACUCCAACAAUGAGGUCCCAUGAUGUGGAGAAAGAAGGUGUUCUUGCAUUAGAUGAAGCUCCAUCACUGAGGUCUCAUGAUGAGGAGAUUGCAUCUAUUAUCACAGUAGAAGAGACGAUACCAGUAAGGUCCCAUGAUGAGGAUACUGUUUCUGUUGCCUCAGUAGAACAGACUCCACCAAUGAGGUCCCAAGAUGUGGAGACAGAAUGUGUUAUUGCAUUAGAUGAAGCUCCAUCACUGAGGUCUCAUGAUGAGGAGAUUGCAUCUAUCAUCACAGUAGAAGAGACUCUACCAGUAAAGUCAUAUGAUGUGGAGACAGAAGCUGUUAGUUCAUUAGAUGAAGCUCCAUCACUAAGGUCUCAUGAUGAGGAGAUUGCAUCUAUCGUCACAGUAGAAGAGACUCUACCAGUAAAGUCCCAUGAUGAGGAUAUUGCUUCUGUUGGCUUAGCAGAACAAACUCCACCAAUGAGGCUCCACGAUGUGGAGACAGAAUCUGCUCCUCCAUUGGAAGAAACUCCAUCACUGAGGUCUCAUGAUGAGGAAAUCACAUCUGUUGUUACAGUAGAAGACACAUUACCAGUAAGGUCCCAUGAUGAGGAUACUGUUUCUGUUGCCUCAGCAGAACAGACUCCACCAAUGAGGUCCCGUGAUGUGGAGACAGAAGGUGUUCUUGCAUUAGAUGAAGCUCCAUCACUGAGGUCUCAUGAUGGGGAGACUGUAUCUAUUGUCACAGUAGAAGAGACUCUACCAGUAAGGUCCCAUGAUGAGGAUAUUGUUUCUGUUGCCUCAGUAGAACAGACUCCACCAAUGAUGUCCCACGAUAUGGAGACAGAAUCUGCUCUUGCAUUAGAUGAAACUCCAUCACUGAGGUCUCAUGAUGAGGAGAUUGCAUCUAUUGUCACAGUAGAAGAGACUCUACCAGUAAAGUCCCAUGAUGAGGAUAUUGUUUCUGUUGCCUUAGCAGAACAGACUCCACCAAUGAGGUUCCACGAUGUGGAGACAAAAUCUGUUCCUGCAUUAGAUGAAACUCCAUCACUGAGGUCUCAUGAUGAGGAGAUUGCAUCUAUUGUCACAGUAGAAGAGACUCCAUCAGUAAGGUCCCAUGAUGAGGAUAUUGUUUCUGUUGCCUCAGUAGAACAGACUCCACCAAUGAGGUCCCAUGAUGUGGAGACAGAAGCUGUUCUUGCACUAGGUGAAGCUCCAUCACUGAGGUCUCAUGAUGAGAUUGUAUCUAUUGUCACAGUAGAAGGGACUCUACCAGCAAAGUCCCAUGAUGUGGAGACAGAAGGUGUUCUUGUAUUAGAUGGAGCUCCAUCACUGAGGUCUCAUGAUGAGGAGAUUGCAUCUAUUGUCACAGUAGAAGAGACUCUACCAGUAAGGUCCCAUGAUGAGGAUAUUAUUUCUGUUGCAUCAGUAGAACAGACUCCACCAAUGAGGGCCUAUGAUAUGGAGACAGAAGUUAUUGCAGCAUUAGCUAAAACUCCACCACUGAGGUUUAAUGAUAAGGAGACAAUAUCUAUUACUUUACUGGAUGAAUUUAUACCAGUGAGGCCUCUUGAUGAGAAGGACGUAUGUGUUCCAGCAAUGAAUGGCACUCCACCACUGUUGUCCCAUGAUGAAGAUACACUAUCCAUUCCUGCAGCGGAUGACAUUCCACAAGCAAUACUGCAAGAUGGAGGGAGCAUUUGUGAACCAGCAGUUUCUCUGGAGUUAUGUGUUUCCAGCUCAUUUAUCACAACAGAAUCCAAGGAAGUGGGUGAAAGACAUCUGCCACAGCAGGACUUGAUUGAAGAAGCCUUGGACGCAUCAGCUGUCCUGAAUGAAGGGACAAUGAGGGAGCAUGACAGUGGGGACCAACAGGUUCCUAAAGACAAGAUGGAUGAUAGUAUAACUACUGACCAGAUGCCAGAAGCAACAGCCUUCUCUCUGUCAUUUGUGAGUGGAGUACAAGAAGGUGAAGAUACCUUGGGUGUUGGUAUGACAGAGACUCUAGUCAAAGAGCUGUCAAUUCUUGAAGACUCCUUGCCUUUAACAAAUGAACAAGAACUGAUACAAGAAGCUAGAGAGCAUCCUGCAACAGGCGUAAACAGCAAUGAACAAGCUAGGAGAAUUUCUGAAACUCCUGAAGAUGUGUUCAUCAUAAGUACCUGUUCUGAGGUUCCUGAGCCAGUAACUAAUGAACUCCAAGAACCAGAAGAUAUCUCCCUUGUGUUUGUGAGCAAUCACUUUGAGAAGGAACCGUUGGCUGUUACAAAUUCUGCCUGUGUGGAAACCCUGCAGGAGCACCCAAACAGAGACAGACAGGUCUCAGUAGACAUGCUGAGAGAUGGUGAGGAGCUCUUUAGUGCUGAUGGACUCACAGAAGAUACAGCCAUCACAGACCUACAUAUGGAAGCUCCUGAAGCCAUGCUCUUUGAUGCAUCAGUACUCGAGGAUUCUGGCAUUGUCUGUGUGAAUGACAGCCUGGACAUGGAAAGGACAAACCUUUCUGAGUAUUUGGAAGAUGGGAACCAGCAUGACCCCAUACAGGAAGAACAGAUUCUUUUUGCUGAUCAUCUGGAUUAUGAGAAAGAGAGUACGGAAGACACAGGAAGAAUAGAUGUACUGAAGACAACAGCCCUUCCUGAAGACGAUUCAUCCUUUGUGUACGUCCAGAAUGGAUUUACUGAUGAGACAUCAAACAGCACAGAAUUUUUGGGCGAUGUCUGUGCACAUGACAUCUCACACACUGAGCAGAAUGCGGCCUCUGCAGAAAAUGAGAUAGACGCUGGAUGUGCUGUAGAAAGCUCCAUGACUGCAACUGUUACAGACUUACAAGGACCUUCAAUAAGUGAUAUCACAGCACAUGAAGGCUCAACAGUUAUGCAUGUGCAGGAACAUGUAGACAAUAAUAUGAUGAUCAUCGCUGAGCCUCAGGACGAAGUCAGCAUGAACGAGCCAACACAAGACGCUAAGGUGAGCACAGUUAUGCAUGUGCAGGAAAAUGCUGGCAAUGAUAUGAUGACCAUCGCAGAGCCGCAGGACAAAGUCAGCAUGAAUGAGCUUACACAAGAAGCUAAGGUGGACACAGUUAUGCAUGUGCAGGAACAUGCGGACAGUGAUAUGAUGACCAUCGCAGAACCUCAGGAUGAAGUCAGCAUGAACGAGCCAACACAAGUACCUAAGAGUCCAAGGCAUACACUCAGCAGCAUCGAACUGGAGAUAAGAGGUGGUGUAAUUAUCAGUGACAUUUCCAUAGAUACUCCACUUACAGAAGAUGCUGAAGCAUUGGCCUGCAGUGCUGCAGAACUAGAAGACGCUUUCCAUCCAUAUGAUACUGAGACUUCAGAAGAGAAAACAACAAGGAUGACUGAAUAUGCAGAGGACACGUGUCAUUUCAGUCUCACUCAUGAAGGACAGAUUCCAGUGAAUACGAUGGAUACUGUAACCACAGAGGUCUUCAAAAGUACUGAAAUUACUAAAGACAGUGCUUUGGGAACAGGCUGUACUGAAAUACCUGCGGUGGAAUUUAUUGAAUCAACAGAACAAAUGGAUCUUUCACCUGGGCACAUUUCAAACAGUACAUCUAUUGAGAUAAUCCAUUCUAGAGAUUCUCUGCAUGAUGUGAGCACACAAGAAACCCCAGUUAUUGUGGAAAAUAAGGCUGACGGAUGUGCUGAAGAACCUCCAUAUAUGACAAGUGUUACAGAGGUGCCAGAACUCAUAAUUAUUGAUACUGCAGAACAAGAAUUUUCAGUUGUGGAGGUACCUGACCAAUCUGACAGUGAAAUGAUACCUGUCAGAGAUUCUGCAGUGGAAUUCAGCCUACGAGAACUCACUCAUGAAGAGGAUGAGAUUUCUGCAGAGCGCCAGAGUGAGUGGGAAGAAGUGACCAGAUCUCCUGAAACUACCGAAGAAGUAUCCAUGAAACCAGAACCUUCAGAAGCAAUGACCUCCUUGGGUGGCGAUAUUACAGAGUCCAAGAAUGUUUCAGAUGUACAUAAGAAGAUGCCAGACACCUCAGAUGCUGUGGAACACGUGAGCAUGCAGGAACGCAUAGAGGAAGGAAAACAGAUUCCAGAUGAAAAUAUUAACCUCAUUGUAGAGAACAGUGAAAUCAUUGUAACUAGUGAAGAAAUAUCCAUGGUAACUUUGGUAUCGGAAAUCAAAGCCGAGGAUACUACAGAGUCAGUGGUCAUCCCAAAUGUGUAUGUAGAAGGAAGCACGAGUGAAGAGGAAAGGAACAGCUCCGAACCUGAAGAUUUCGUCAUCAUGCCAGCGUCAUCACUGGAAGGUGAAGAGCAGAUGCUGGUGGAAACUCUGGAUGUCAGUGUACAGAAAAGCAAAGUUCAUCUCAGGAGGUCAUCAUUACGGCAAAGGCGAGGCCCCACAGCACGUCUCAAAGCCUCAGAAGAGAUACAUGUAACUUCCUUAUCUUCAGAGAUAAUGGGAUCAUUGAACAUGGAAGUGACAGAGUCACUAGAACAUUCGCAGGAAGAGGAGCAGAAUGAGAUCUAUGAAAGGAGCGUACCUUAUUCAGGAAAUCCUUCACUCAGUGCUGACGAAGAUCAGUCAUCCAACUCGGACAAAGAAAAGCAGGGCUCUCCAGAUACUCUUGACAUUAGUGUACAAAAGAGUCGGAUCAAUUUGAGAAGAAAGUGUUCUCGACAACGUCGACCUCCAACACGAGCCCCACAAAAUGCAAAAGGAGAACCAGUCCAAACCACUGAAGACCAUACAGUAACAAGUAUUCACAUCCAAGGUAUCUACAUAGAAUGUGCAUAG